AUGUAUGGAAAUAUUGGAACUUUCAUUAUAACAAAUAUACGUUUAGUAUGGUUUGCUAAUAUGAAUCAUCAAAGACAUGCUAAAAUAUACUACGUGUACACAAAAAAAAUAUUAAUAAUUUUAUUUUUUUAUUAGAUUACUAUCAAAAAUUCAAAAUUUGGUCCAACUUUAGUAAUUGUGAGUACAGAAUCUACAGGAGCUUACAUAUUAGGCUUUCGGGUUACUCCCCUUGAAAAGCUACAUAUUUUAUACAAAGAAGUUACAACAUCGUUUAAAACAUUUGAAAAGUGUCCAAUAUUCGGUGUAGAUUAUACACUCGAACAUGAGGCAUCUUUACAACGAGAAGUAAAUAUAGAACAAUACUCUGAAAAAGAAGAUAAUCAAAUUGAAAAUUUAAAUGUUUUUGGAUACUAUUUUUCUGAAGGAACAAAUCAACGAAAACCUAGCGUUUCAGAUUAUUUAGGACUUGCUGCAGAAAAGCCUAACGAAACUAGUACUUUGCAGAAUAUAUGGGAACUUAUACCUCAAAAUUAGAUGUAUCAUUUACUGUGUAUAAAAUUAUGAGGAUUACGAAGCUACAGUGAUACUUUAAAGGAAAGUAAGAACAGCUGUGAAAGAUUCAUGUAUAAUUGUUUUAAAUGUCUCUAUAUAUUAAUACAAAUUAAUUUUUUGAGCAGUAUUGCACAAAUAUUAAAUAUUUUAGAAAAGAAAAAUGUGAUUACACUUUUGUAAAAAACGUUUCAUGUUCGUAACACCAUUUCAAAUAUACUUUAGCAUUUUAUUUACUGAAAAGUCAACAGCUACAAAGAAUUAAUAAAAAAAUAGAUAAUUAGAAUUAAA